UCGGAGAGGAGCAAGUCUGUUUUAAGGCAGGCAGUGCUCUGCUCUCUCACUCGGUAUAAACACAGACGAGCAGGCAACAGUAGCCCAGUAUUCCAGUGUCUCGGUCAGAGCUCAGACACACACAAGCCCACACUAACGCUCACAGAAACACACACACACACACACACACAGGGGAGAUAACAGAGAGAAGAAACCGGCUAACGCCACAGCUGCCUCACCCAGAUGGCGGGGAACCGUGAAGGGGAGCAUGUGCUGACGGGUCUAGACGAGGAGGCCAUCAUCGACCUUGGGAAGACCAGCUCAACCACCCACACCAACUAUGAGACGGAAGACCUGGAAAGCCACAGGGCGGUCUACGUCGGGGUCCAUGUGCCGCUGGGCCGGGAGAACAAACGCAGGCACCACCGCAGAGGCCACAAACACCACCACAAGAGGCGGGAGCGGGAGGAGGACCACGAGGAGGAGGACCCCACUUAUGACACGCCCUCCCAGCGGGUGCAGUUCAUCCUGGGUACCGAGGAUGACGAUGUGGAGCACGUCCCCCAUGACCUGUUCACCGAGUUGGACGAGCUGUCCUUCAGGGACGGGAGCGCCACUGAGUGGAAGGAGACCGCCAGGUGGUUGAAGUUUGAGGAGGACGUGGAGGAUGGAGGGGAGCGUUGGAGUAAGCCCUACGUGGCCACCCUGUCUCUACACAGCCUGUUUGAGUUGAGGAGCUGCAUCCUCAACGGCACCGUCAUGCUGGACAUGAGGGCCACCUGUAUCGAGGAGAUUGCAGACAUGUUGAUUGACAGCAUGGUGGUGUCUGGCCAGCUGGAGGAGGAGCUUCGUCAGAAGGUGCGUGAGGCCAUGUUGAAGAGACACCACCACCAGAACGAGAGGAAGCUCAGCAACCGCAUACCGCUGGUGCGCUCAAUCGCAGACAUAGGCAAGAAACAUUCAGACCCGUUCUUGCUUGAGAGAAACGGGCCACUGAUGUCCACACACUCUGUCCCCAGUAACCUGGAUAGCAGCAGCAAGGCCGGAGACAGGAGGCCCUCCAAAGCUGGGGUCAGUAAAGAGAAUAGCAGUGUGGACUUAAGCAAGGUGGACAUGAACUUCAUGAAGAAGAUUCCUCCGGGCGCUGAAGCGUCCAACGUGCUGGUAGGGGAGGUGGACUUCCUGGAGAGGCCCAUCAUCGCCUUCGUACGCCUGGCCCCCGCCGUCCUCAUCACAGGGCUCACCGAGGUGCCCGUGCCCACCAGGUUUCUGUUUCUGCUGCUGGGUCCAAAUGGUAAAGGCCCUCAGUACCAUGAGAUUGGCAGAUCCAUGGCCACACUGAUGACAGAUGAGAUAUUCCAUGAUGUGGCGUACAAAGCCAAAGACCGGACGGACCUGCUGUCUGGGAUAGAUGAAUUUCUGGACCAGGUGACAGUCCUGCCCCCAGGAGAAUGGGACCCCACGAUACGAAUCGAACCCCCCAAGAACGUCCCAUCGCAGAUGAAGAGGAAGAUACCCUCCCAGCCCAACGGGUCGGCCUCACCGUCUGGGGAGAUGUUGAAGGAGGAGGAUGAAGGCCACGGAGCUGGGCCCGAGCUGCAGAGAACCGGACGGAUCUUUGGAGGCCUUGUGAUGGAUAUAAAGCGGAAGGCCCCGUUCUACUGGAGCGACAUCCGGGACUCGUUGAACCUGCAGUGUCUGGCCUCCAUCCUGUUCCUCUACUGCGCCUGCAUGUCCCCUGUCAUCACCUUCGGCGGGCUGCUGGGCGAGGCCACGAAGGGCAACAUAAGUGCCAUAGAGUCUCUGUUUGGGGCUUCCCUCACAGGAGUGGCCUUCUCUCUGUUUGCGGGGCAGCCCCUCACUAUCCUGGGCAGCACGGGGCCUGUCCUGGUUUUCGAGAAGAUCCUCUUUAAGUUCUGCAAGGACUACGGCCUGUCCUACCUGUCGUUGAGGACCAGCAUCGGCCUGUGGACUGCCUUCCUCUGCCUGGUCCUGGUGGCCACAGAUGCUAGCUCCCUGGUCUGCUACAUCACACGCUUCACAGAGGAGGCCUUCGCCGCGCUCAUCUGCAUCAUCUUCAUCUACGAGGCCCUGGAGAAGCUCUUCCACCUGGGGGAACACUACCCCGUCAAUAUGCACAACGAGCUGGACAACCUCACCCUCUACUCGUGUCAGUGUUCUCCACCGGCCAACGCCUCCUCUCAGAUCUUGCAGACGUGGAACCAGACAGGACACACACCAGACUCUAUCUCCUGGAACAGCCUCAACGUAUCGAUGUGUAACCUGCUCCAUGGAGAGUUUGCUGGUCCUGCCUGUGGUCACCACGGCCCCUACAUCCCAGACGUCCUCUUCUGGUCCAUCAUCCUCUUCUUCACCACCUUCUUCCUCUCAUCUUUCCUCAAGGAGAUCAAGACCGAGCGAUACUUCCCUACAAAGGUGCGCUCCACCAUCAGUGACUUUGCCGUGUUUCUGACCAUUAUGAUCAUGGUGCUGGUGGACUAUCUAAUGGGCAUCCCCUCUCCUAAACUCAACGUACCCGACCGCUUUGAGCCUACCUCCAAGCAUCGCGGCUGGCUGAUCUCCCCGCUGGGCACCAACCCCUGGUGGACCCUGCUGGUGGCGGCGCUGCCUGCUCUGCUCUGUACCAUCCUCAUCUUCAUGGACCAGCAGAUCACCGCCGUCAUCAUCAACCGCAAGGAGCACAAGCUCAAGAAAGGCUGUGGCUACCAUCUGGACCUGCUGGUGGUGGCGGUAAUGCUGGGUGUGUGCUCCAUCAUGGGCCUGCCCUGGUUCGUAGCUGCCACCGUGCUCUCCAUCUCCCACGUCAACAGCCUCAAGGUGGAGUCGGGCUGCUCGGCCCCAGGAGAACAGCCCAAGUUCCUGGGCAUCAGAGAGCAGAGGGUCACCGGCUUCAUGAUCUUUGUCCUCAUGGGCUGCUCUGUCUUCAUGACCUCCGCACUCAAGUUCAUUCCUAUGCCAGUGCUAUACGGGGUCUUCCUCUACAUGGGAGCCUCUUCACUCAAAGGCAUUCAGUUCUUUGACCGUAUCAAGUUGUUUGGUAUGCCAGCCAAGCACCAGCCUGACCUGAUCUACCUGCGCUACGUUCCCCUGUGGAAGGUCCAUGUGUUCACCCUGGUGCAGCUCACCUGCCUCAUACUGCUGUGGGUCAUCAAGGCCUCCGCAGCCGCCGUCGUAUUCCCAAUUAUGGUGCUGGCCCUCGUCUUCAUUCGGAAGCUUCUGGACUUUUUCUUUACCAAGAGGGAGCUCAGCUAUCUGGACGACUUGAUGCCAGAGAGCAAGAAGAAGAAAGAGGAUGACAAGAAGAAGAAGGAGAGGGAGAAACGGGAGGCUCAGGCUUUGUUGCUCAUAGAAGAGCAGGUGGGCGUGAAUGCUGUGAAAGUCCAUUAUGACGGUGGGAACCUGCUCAAGAUCCCAGUCAAAACUCUGUCAGGGAGCUCAUGUGACCUCAGCAAUGUUAAUAUCUCUGAGGAAAUGGCCAAAAGCGGGGCUUGCAAAGCAGUGGCGAUGAGCGCCGACUUCGGCCCAUCUAUGAAGCGUAGCCAAAGCCAGGAGAAGGUGGCCUGUGUUAGAGUCAAUAUAGACACCACCGAGGCAAGAGGGCAGAAUUCAGCCUUGGAGACAGCCUUGUGAUGGAGGAGACCUUGUCCUAACAACCCCCCCC